AAGAGCACGCUGCUGUUGCUGCUGUGGAGGUCAUGGGCUUGAUGGAACAGCGAGGUUGCGACACAGUCAUGCGGCUUUUUUCUAUUACGAAUAUUCGGUGAUCUGACAAAUAAAUAUAUCAGACACUUGCAUUUUUCGGUAUUAUUAUAUCGGCGUUGACUGAAAAAGCUAAUCGGGGAUCAUCACGCUCGUUGCAUCACAAUUAGCGCGCCUUAGCCGAAACAGCAAGGAGCAUUUCUUCUUUCGACCAUCGUCCCUCCAGACAUGGACAACAACCCGCAAGGCUCCGGGGGGCUCAAGGCGAGUCUCGGCAGUCUUAUCGGAGGUGGAGCGCCGGAAUAUUCCAACACGGAGCUUGCUGGUGUACCAUUGACGGGAAUGAGCCCCCUGUCGCCCUAUCUUAAUGUCGACCCUCGCUUCCUGGUUCAGGACACGGACGAAUUCAUUCUGCCUACAGGCGCUAAUAAGACGAGAGGAAGGUUCGAGUUAGCUUUCUUCACCAUUGGAGGCUCCUGCAUCACAGGGGCUUCAUUUGGCGCUUUAAAUGGUCUCCGAAUGGGCCUGAAGGAGACCAGAGACAUGGCGUGGUCCAAACCACGAAAUGUGCAGAUUAUCAACAUGGUAACGAGGCAAGGUGCUUCAUGGGCCAACACUUUGGGUUCAGUAGCCCUGUUGUACAGCGCGUUCGGCGUGGUAAUCGAAAAGGCCCGCGGCGCGGAGGACGACAUCAACACGAUAGCCGCCGGCACCCUAACGGGGAUGCUAUUCAAGGCAGCCGGCGGCCUGAAGGGUGUGGCCCGGGGGGGUUUGGCCGGUCUGGCCUUGUCCGGUGCAUACGCCGUCUACAAUAACUGGGACCAUCUGACUGGAACGUCGUCAUCGUCGUCUAGGCUUUACUAAAUUCCUCCUCUGACAUUAGGGCCAAAUUAUCUCCAGGAGGCAACGUUCAGACUCUGAAAUGAAGUGCUUGGUGUGUGUAUGCGCGUAUCGGUGUGUCUGCGAGUGAAUCUUUUAAGAACUUUGCCUUACAAUCAGUGCUACUCUUGUAUUUAUUUGACGGUAACCAUCAUUAGAAGCUGUACUGUGAAAAUAGUACGUCUGUCAUCAACCGAUGUAAUAAAUUACUGGGAAAUGCCAUUUUAUAAAAACAAAUGAUUUAUUGUCAAGGUAGCGGCGUCAGUGCAGGAAGAAGUCUCGGAUGCGAGUGGCUUCGAUCCAAGGGAUGUAAGCACCGGUUCGGGUGAAGACACUGGGCUUGUUCUCAACGGUGCAGCCGAUAGGGCCGAAACUCACCACGCCAUGCACUUCCCAGCGCUCGCGGCCCAACUGGCAAAGAAGAGGACCGCCCGAGUCUCCCUGAAACGAACGCUUUUAUUCAUGGCGUCUUUAUUUGAGGGAAAUGAUGAGGGGAAUCUAACCUGACAGGCAGCGGGCGGAUCCUCGGUGUCCCUGAAGCCGGCACAGAUCAUGGAGUCUCGCACGCGGUCGCCCCAGAACUUCUUCUGCCGACAGGUUUUGAAGUCGAUGAUUGGGAGACGGGCUUGGUUAAGGGCUUCCGCUAGGGAAACAUUCUCCUUCCCACCUGGAAGAUUUGGAUAAAACGUGUCCGAUUCUGUACAUUACCAAUUUUUACAAAGCACGCAAGAAUGGAAAAUAUCUCAAAUAAAUACGCUAUAUCAGGGGCGUCCAAUGUCCAAACUUUUUGCAAAGGGGGCCAGAUUUGGUGAGGUAAAAAUGUGGGGGGCCGACCUUGGCUGACUUCCUUAUGUAGAACAAUAUAUUUAAGCAAAUUUUAGCAAGCCAUUCUGUGUGUCACAUUUGCCUUAUUUGUUUUUAAUAAUUUCAACAAUCUCGCAACUAGCCUUUGCAGAGUUAUCUUUCGACUCUCGAGCUCCUGCGAAAUACUGCUACUGUGAAAUUAAACUAGCUUCAAGUUGCUUCAAUUUCUCCCUGCGAAUCUUCCCUGUAAUCUUGUCGUACAUGUCAGUGUGUCUUGUUUGGUAAUAUCGCCUCAUAUUGAACUCUUUAAAAACAACGGCUUUCUCUGCAAAUGAGGCAGACACAGUUGUUGCGUAUUUUAGUGAAGUAGUCCUAAUUCCACCUAUCCUUGAAUCGUCGGCCGUCGCAGUCAACUUUCCCUUUUUUUGUUGAUUGUCGCCAUUUUACAAAAUUGGAAGUAAAGGGUCACACGGCGCAAUACUGCUGCCCUUUAGUGGGUAAAUGAGGAGCAGCAUUUAGUGUGUAAGCUACUUCAUAUGCUGGUAGCAGUACUGCUGACCAAUUUAUUAGGUCUGUGUGGGCCAGACGUUAUUGAUUUAUGACAGAGACUGGGGGCCGGAUCAAAUUUGAUCAUGGGCCGCAUUUAGCCCCCUGGCCGGACUUUGGACACGCUGCGCUAUAUCAAAGUUUUAAUAAGGUGUAUACAAAUAAAUUGCAACCUGUCAAAUUACAAAAUGUCAAUUCUUUCAAUAAGUUAAUGUAUUCCCAACUGGGUAGUGUAACAAUUUGUAGUGUUACACCAAUACUAUUUUUUGGCUCUUGAUUUUGACAUUGCUGUGUGAUAUUGGCCAGUGUUGAUACUGUACCAAUACCAUGUCUUUUAAAAAAAUAUUUAAAAAUUAUGCAGCAUUCGCUUAUCCUGCUAAAUUAAUGCUUAUCCUGCAAAAAAUUAAAUUGGUUCAGUGAAUGGGGACCGGUUGGUUCCUGUGGCAACAGUGACGUCAAGAUGUGGGUAGUAACGCGUUACAUUUACUAUAGUUACUUUUUCAGAAUAUGUACUUCUAAGAGUAGUUUUACUAAGCCAUACAUUUUGAAAUUUACUCAGAUUUGUGAAGAAACGCUACUCUUACUCCGCUGCUUUGGGCUAAACUAGUUUCAUUUUUCUUCUCUAUUCUACAUUUUAGAGUUUACAUUUUUUUUGCCAGAGUUGCCAACAGUGGCUGACCAGUCUCACCGAUAAGAUGUCGCAAUAAUAGAUGACUCAAUUAUACUAAUCGGACUCAAACCUGUUCAAUCAGGUGGUGUCUUUUAUACACCGGAAAAAAUUAUUUAACAUAGAGCGCUUCUGUCAACAUGAUUCAAAAGCGCAGAUUUUAACCUCGCUCCCGGUAUUUAUUUGCCACCAAUUGAUCACGGCAAGCUGGAAAUAAUCAUUUUCCAUGGCGCUUUUCCUCACGAGGGUCACGGAGGUGCUGGAGCCUAUCCCAGCGAAUUACGGACAGAAGGCAGGGUACACCUUGAACUAUGAUCCUUUUAAUUUCAUGAUAGAAUAUGUUUGUCCACUGGUGGGCACUCAUGCUCUUGGACGAAUGAUGCUUUAUUUCUGUAGUCUUUUUUUUUUUUUUUUUUUUUUUUGUCUUGCCGGAAUUCAAUUAUUAUUAUUUUUUUAUUUCUUUGGUUUAAUGUGUUUAUGUAAUAGGCAGUGUUGGGAGUAACGCCGUUAUAAAUAACGCCGUUACGUAACGGCGUUAUUUUUUCAGUAACGGGGUCAUCUAACUAAUUACUUUUUCCGCCGUUACAACGCCGUUACCGUUACUGACAGUCAAAAGCGGUGCGUUACUUACUCUGAAUAAAUUGAAGAAACUACCAGCCGUGUCGAGUCGACUCUCUGCUCUGUUGAAUUGUCACCCAAGACUUGGGGUGCGUUCAGGUUCGAGAAUAGCGCACGUACAGUACUUCUGACUCCAAGCUGUUUGUCCCUGCUCAUUCAAUUAGACAAUGCUUUCCAAAGUUUGGUAACGUUUCUGUGUUUGCUACACCUGAUGCUAGCCUCGUUCCCAUCUCCCACUGUCAGCCAGCAAUAAUUCUGCUUCCAUCUUGAGGACGGCAGACGCUUUGAAGGUGACGUGAAUUGUCGGGAAACUAGCCUACCUGAAUGCAGCCCCUCGAGAGAUGCGAUGGAGGUGAUUGUGAUUGGCUGAGGGUUAGAGUCAUGUGUCGUGGAAAGCCAAUCAGAGCCGGUGAUUUCACAAGCAAACCGGAACAGCGCGUGCGGCAAACACACACGCAAAACAGAUGCGGGAUGGCAGAGCAGUAAGAAGAAAAAUUGUCCUUUAAGAGGUGGAGAUAUAGACACUAUUUCAAGUUUGUCGAAAUUAAAGGAAAGACCCUGCAUGUAAUGUGUAAUUUAUGUCCCGGGGCAAAGCUUUUGUUGACAUCUGUGGUAAGGAAUUCAAAUCUGCUGAAGCACCUAACAAGUUAACUACCUGUCUGUUCUUCUCUAUUCCUCUGACUCGAAUACUGCUCAGAAAAUUUCUAAUUCUUUGACAUACAACAAGUUCUUUUUAAAGUAACGGAAAUAGUUACUCUCCCUGGUAACUAGUUACUUUUACUAUAGAGUAAUUCAGUCACUAACGCAGUUACUUUUUGGAAGAAGUAGUGAGUAAUGUAACUAAUUACUUUUUUAAAGUAACGUGCCCAACACUGGUAAUAGGUUAUAGUGCUGUACAGUGAUCCCUCGUUUUUCGCGGUUAAAUGGGCCCAGAACCUGCCACGAUAAGUGAGAAAGCUCGAAGUAGCGCGCCCCCUCACCCCCAAAAAUGUUGUGUGUGUGUGUUCAAUGUAUUUAUUCAGAUUUAACAUUGGAAAGAGAUACAUAUAAGACAUGUUUUUUUUAUUUUUAUUUUUUACUAAAGUAUAAUAAUAAAAAAAUAAAAAAAAAAUCUAUUUAUCAUUUUAAUUAACAGUUUUCGAGCACUUGAAAUUUAAUAAUUAGGAUGUUUUAAAUAUGUUACUGUCCCACGGAAUUAUUUUUAAACAAAAAUAAAGUAGAGAAAUGCUUGUGUUUAUUAAAUGCUACAUUGAGUGAGCAGUGACGCCACCAGGGGUUGGCCACGGCCCCCCUAUAAAUUUGUUGGCCACCCCGCUUGCCAGUAUAUCGUUAGAUUGUUGUAGCAUCAGUUAUGCAUUUCAUAUACGUUAUAGCCUGGUAAUCUGUUGAUCCCUGUUGGGAAGUACUUUUUAUGUUUUGUUCAUUCAGUAAUAAUUAUUUUUGUGUCACAUUAACAUUGUGUUGGGAAAUAUCCAGUUAAGAUAUGAUUGCCUCUGUUUUUGCUUUUAUUUGUAUCUACCAGCACCUGCAUUUCCCCAGUAAUUAUUUUGUUUUGUUAAAUGUACACCUUAUGCCUAAUGUAUACAUAACACAAUAAAACAGAAUUUUUGUGGAACUCAAAAUGUUGACUGGAUAGUUAUGGACUAUGCACAUUAAAUCAUUAGUAACAUCAAAUAAUACACAAUACACCUAAGUAUAUCAGUAGCCAUGUACUUAAGUCUUUCUGAUCGUUUUCCCCUGACCUUUUUACGGCAACAAUAUAAUGGAAACCUGAAAUUAUGGCUUUUAGUUUUGGUGUGCCACCUCAAGAUUUUAAGUGGCCCCAUCUGGCCACCCCUAUGAAAAAUUUCUGGAGG